UUGUUUUUGAUGAAGCCAAGAUAAUGGGAGAAGAAGCCAUAAUAUUAUUAUAAAGAGAACUUUUUGAGGGAAGUGUUUUUUAUAUAUGAGUGAAUUCAAUAGUUGGAACCAGCUGAUAUAUAGAACAGUAGCAAAAGAGUACCAACCUCAUCAACAUCAUCAUCAUCAUGUCCAGAAAUUCUGUCAUAACAUUCUUCUUGUUCCUCAACAUCUCUUUGUUCUCACCUCCCACCAUUUCUGCUUUGAACCAGGAAGGUGUCGCUUUGCUCUCAUGGCUAACAACCUUUAACUCCACUCCAUCUGCCACAUUCUUCUCUUCAUGGAAUCAAGCCGACCAAAGUCCCUGCAAAUGGGAAUACAUUAAAUGCAACAGCAAUGGUUAUAUUUCGGAAAUUAACAUAAGAAGCUACAUCGAUCUUCUCACCACUUUUCCAGUUCAGUUUCUCUCAUUCAGUUACCUAAAGAGUCUCGUCCUCUCACAUGGAAACGUCAGUGGGGAUAUCCCACCCGAAAUAGGAAACUUGUCGUCACUUGUCAAUUUGGAUCUCAGUUUCAAUGCUUUCACAGGCCGAAUACCGCCGGAGAUCGGAAAAUUGUCGCGACUGCAGUUUCUCUACCUGAGUUCUAACUAUCUAGUAGGCGAAAUCCCAACAAAUAUUGGAGACUGCUUGGAACUUAGAGAACUUGAAAUCUUCGAUAACGAUUUGUCUGGAAGACUUCCUGACUCGAUUGGUCAAUUAUGGGCUCUUGAAAUAUUUCGGGCAGGAGGAAAUCCGGGUAUUCAUGGAGAAAUUCCAAUGCAGAUAUCAUGCUGCAGAAACCUUCUCUUCCUUGGUCUUGCGGAUACAGGGAUCUCUGGACAGAUUCCAAGGACUAUAGGAGAGUUGGAGAAUCUCAGGACUCUAUCGCUUUAUACAGCAAAUUUAAGCGGCGAAAUUCCAAUUGAAUUAGGUAACUGCUCAGCUUUAGAAAAUUUAUUUCUUUAUGAAAAUCAAAUUUCUGGGGAAAUACCAAUGCAGCUGUGCUCGUUGAAGAAUCUGAAAAGAAUGUUACUCUGGCAGAACAAUCUUAGUGGGAAGAUUCCGGAAUGUUUAGGCAAUUCUUCUCCGGGCUUAAAGGUGCUUGAUUUGUCUUUGAACACUCUGACUGGGGAAAUUCCUCCUUCUCUGGCCAGUUUAGGUGAAUUGGAGGAGCUUCUCUUGUCUAAUAAUAACAUAUCUGGUCCAAUUCCACAUUUGAUUGGCAACUUGUCAAGCUUAAAGCAACUUGAGUUAGACAACAAUAUGAUUUCCGGGGAAAUCCCAACUGCCAUUGGGGAACUGAAGGAACUCUUGCUUUUCUUUGCUUGGCAAAAUCAACUUCGAGGAAGUAUACCGAGCGAACUGGCCAGCUGUAAGAAACUUCAGGCACUCGAUCUUUCGCACAAUUACCUUAACGGUUCAAUUCCAAGUUCUCUGUUUAGCCUCAAUAACUUGACAAAAUUACUUCUGCUAUCAAAUGAAUUUACGGGUCACAUUCCACACAAUAUUGGAAAUUGCACUAGCUUGAGUAGGCUACGCUUGGGCUGGAACAAUCUAACUGGUCUGAUUCCUCCAGAAAUUGGACUGCUGAAAAGACUCAGAUUUCUAGAGUUGUCAAGCAAUCAAUUUACAGGAGAAAUACCGGUUGAGAUUGGAAGCUGCACUGAACUUGAAAUGGUUGAUCUGCAUAGGAACGAACUCCAAGGCUCGAUUCCACCCUCAUUUGAGUCACUAGUUCAACUUAAUAUUUUGGAUCUCUCAAAUAACAGAAUAUCAGGUCCCCUUCCAGAGAAUUUAGGCAAGCUAACUACCCUGAACAAACUCGAGCUCAGCGGAAAUAGAAUUUCUGGCGUUAUACCCAAAUCGUUUGGGAAAUGCAAGGAUUUGCAGCUGUUAGAUAUAAGCAGUAACAUGAUCACAGGCCCAAUUCCCGACGAGAUUGGUCGCCUUCAAGAACUUGAUAUUCUCAUGAACUUGAGUUGGAACCAUUUAACAGGACCAAUUCCUGAAGGCUUUUCAAAUCUUUCCAAGCUUGCAAACCUGGACCUUUCACACAAUGCAUUAACGGGAAGUCUUAGAAUACUAGGUAGUCUAGUCAAUCUUGUUUCUCUCAAUUUAUCCUUUAAUCAUUUCUCAGGUUACCUUCCUGAAACCAAAUUCUUUCAAGAUCUCCCUUCCACUGCUUUCAUUGGAAACGAAAAACUCUGUAUUAACAGAACCCAAUGCCAUGGGAAAACCCACUCCAAGAAAUUCAUCAGAAAACUAGCAAUUUUCGUUAUUCUCGGCACAAGUGCAGCCAUUGUAACAGUUACUCUAGGAAUACUUUUAUUCUUAAGAGCUUGCAGGAGAAGCGAUGAGGAAAGAUACAUCAAUUUACAGUGGGAAAUCAUCCCAUUCCAAAAGCUGAACUUCUCAGUGGAUGACAUUGUAACAAGACUUUCAGAGUCGAACAUUAUUGGAAAAGGUUAUUCAGGUGUGGUUUAUCGCGUUGAGACUCCAAUGGGACAGAUCAUUGCGGUAAAGAAGUUAUGGCCAGUAAAGGAAGGUGAGGUUUUAGAAAGAGAUAUGUUCAGCGCAGAAGUAAUGACACUUGGAUCCAUAAGGCACAAAAACAUACUCCGGCUGUUGGGAUGCUGCAACAAUCAGAAGACUAGAUUAUUACUCUUUGAUUACAUCAGUAAUGGGAGUUUAGCAGAAAUACUGCACGAAAAGAAGAUAUUCAUAGAUUGGGAUGCUAGGUAUAAAAUCAUACUCGGAGCUGCUCAAGGGCUGGAAUAUCUUCACCACGGUUGCAUUCCACCAAUAGUUCAUCGAGAUAUCAAGGCCAACAAUAUUUUAGUAGGGCCGUGCUUUGAAGCUUUCUUAGCUGACUUCGGACUUGCAAAGAUUAUGGAAUCAAGAGAUUGCUCAAAAGCUUCAAAUGUAGUAGCAGGUUCUUAUGGAUACAUAGCUCCUGAAUAUGGGUACAGCAUGAGGAUUACAGAGAAGAGUGAUGUGUACAGUUAUGGUAUUGUGUUGCUUGAGAUCCUAACUGGAAUGGAACCUAUUGAUCAUCGAAUUCCAGCUGAGAACGCGCACAUAGUUACUUGGGUUAAUCACGAGCUACAAGCUAGACACAGAGAUGUCACGACCAUUCUUGAUCGCCAAUUAAUUCAGCAAUCAAGCACGCAGAUUUCUGAGAUGGUUCAAGUCCUUGGGGUAGCUCUGCUCUGUGUCAACCCCAUCCCAGAAGAGAGGCCAACGAUGAAAGACAUCACAAUCAUAAUCAAUGAGAUCAGGAAUGAGAAAGAGGUUGUAGAAAAAUUAAAAAUGCCUGCUCCUUGUUCAAGUUUCUCUAGAUCAUCUGAGCCCCUAAUAAAAACACACAAAUCUUCCCUAAAUACUUCUUCACCUCAUAGUAUUUGAUUCAUUUUUCUUUGUAAUGAACUGUCAAUUGUAAAGUUCAUUGAUUGAUUUCAUUGGUUUCCA